AUGACGACGGUUCACAACAGGAAACGAGGCCUGCGCCGGGCAGAAACACAGGAAGCAGCGCUGAGCGCUGGGCAGCAUUGUCAGCCCGGGCUGGCGGGUCUCCAAGGACCCCGUGUUUUCCCUCCCACACAAUGCUGCCUGCAGAAGCUGUGGCCCAGAUUGAAGGUGGAUCUUCCCAUCUCAAAAGCCAGAUUGAAAGGCAAAGUGGAGUACCUGGUGAAGUGGAAAGGAUGGCCCCCCAAGUACAGCACAUGGGAGCCAGAGGAGCACAUCCUGGACCCCCGCCUUGUCAUGGCCUACGAGGAGAAGGAGGAGAGAGACCGAGCGUCAGGGUAUAGGAAGAGAGGCCCGAAACCCAAGCGGCUUCUGCUGCAGCGGCUCUACAGCAUGGACCUGCGGAGCUCCCACAAAGCCCAGGGCAAGGAGGAGCUCUGCUUCUCCCUGACGCGCCCGCUCGGCAGAGGGAGCCCCGAGGGGGUGGUCAAGGCGGGGGCAGCUGAGCUGGUGGACAAGGGCCCCCUGGUGCCCACCCUGCCCUUCCCACUCCUCCGAAAGCCACGCAAGGCCCACAAGUAUCUGCGACUCUCACGCAAGAAGUUCCCGCCACGCAGCGGGUCCCACCCGGAGAGUCACAGCCAUCGACGGGAGCUCUCCCUGCAGGAGCCACCAGGCCCAGAUGUCCUGCAGGCCACCAGCGACUGGGAGCCUGUGGAGCAGCCCCCCGAGGAGGAGGCAGAAGCAGACCUGGCCAAUGGGCCCCCUCCCUGGACACCCACGCUCCCCUCGAGUGAAGUGACCGUGACUGACAUCACCGCCAACUCCGUCACCGUCACCUUCCGUGAGGCUCAGGCUGCCGAGGGCUUCUUCCGAGACCGCGGUGGGAAGCUGUGAACAGCGGCUUCCCUUCUUCUUAAACUGUGUUCCUUGGGGCUUGGGUGAGGAAUUCCAGAGACAGGAGGGGCUGGGAGCACGACAAAUACUUUUAUUUAAGAAAAAAAAGCAGAAGCAUGGGGAAGACCCCACCACCCUGCCCUUGCCCCACGAGGGUUGUCUACAAAGGGGCCUCUGGGACAGGGAGGGCAGGCCAGUGCUGUCUGGUUCCCGUCUCCGUCAUUAUCUUACAGAGGCUGAUCCUAGGAGUCGGAGGAGCCCAGGAGGUCCAGACCUUGCCUUGGCAGUCACCCCAGCUUUCUGGUGGUGUCCCCUCUCUGUUCCUUGGCUAGGGUCUUUACCAUGAACUUUCCACUCCGGCUUUGUGGUGGGACAUGGAGGCUGGCUUUGGCCACCAGGGGCGGGAUCAGGACAAAGGGUGUGUGGACUGGACCAGAGAAGAGGUUGCCUUCCAAGCCUCCUCUGAAUGUGCUUUCCCCUCCUCACUGGCCUGUGUAGAGACGCCCAUGAACACAUCCAGCCACCCCAGUGUGUACACACUGCCUGUGUGUGUGUUCACACCUGCCCCGUGUUUAUAGACAUGUCCACAUGGACCUUGCACACCUUUAGAAACUGAUCAGGUGAACAUGGCCUAACUCACAGCACAAAUGAACGUGCCACAGCACCGCCACCCCACCUUGCACAUAUGACAUGGGACAGGAUCUGUCUGUGGGACAGGAUCUGACAGCGCGGGCCCACCCUGGGCCUGAUGGCAUCUGAUCUCCCAACCACAGACAGAACCAGGCUCCAGGUGUGCCGGCUGCAGAUGCUUCCACACAGGAUGGUAGACACCUGGCCCUUCCUUCCUCCCACAGGAGUUCAUGUUCUUUCUGACUCAGGUGACUUUUCAGCCCUUCCGGCCUCCCCCCUCCCCCUUCUCUACCCUCUCCUGCGGCUCAGCUGAUCUGGGCAUCCAUGGAUGCCCGUGGGUGUGGGCAGUCAGGGAGGGGGUAUCCCCCCACUUUCUCAGGGCAGUCCUUGUCUUCUGUGUUCCCUCCCCACCCACCCUGAAUGGCACAGCUAGGGAUGACCCCUCACACCUGUGGGGAUUGAGCUGUGGUACGUGGUGAGUCGGGCUGCACGCAGGCCUGUGCUCCUGUGAGGGAGCAGUUUGCUGCUUGGCACAGCAGGUGUGCUGGAGGCUGACACUUGCCCUGUGUGGCUGGGUCCCAGCAGUCCCCGGUUCUGCUGUGUUUUUAGGAGGCCAACAGAGUUUGCGUGAGCAAGGGUGGUGGGACUCACUCCUAGACCCCCAUCCCCCAACCAAAGAGCCUGGACCCUGUGUCUGUCUGGGAUUCUGUCCUCAAAUUUCUCAAGUCCCUGGUCUCCCCCCCCCUCCUCCUCCUCCUCCUCCUCCUCCUCCUCCUCCUCAGUUCUUAGUUGUCCAGGGUUAACUCAGUGCUUCCAUUGGGGGCAGUCUCCUGUGGGUGACCUGCUUCACCUCUGACCUGGAACCUGAAUCUAGAGAAUGUCGGGGUGGGCUAGGGAAAGGAGAGUCAGGAGGAGCCCCAGCUCAGAGAAGGUGAGGGUGGGUGGCGAAAGCUUUUCUUUGCAGCUGGGUUUGCUCCCCCACAAUACUGGGGGACAGCAUCCUGUGGGGAGCAUGCUCCCCAUCCCUAGGGGCAUGCGACUAAAUGCCUGUGCAACUUGGACCAGGAGGCUCCCGUGGGGAGAAGAGGCCUUUCCGGGCAGCGGUCUUCUGUCUUUAGCAGCAGGCGGUGUCCUUUUCUCCCAUGUGGCCCUUGAUGAAACCCACCAGCUUGGGGAGAUUGUGGCCUAGGCUGGGGAUCCCUCAGGGCAGCCAUGCGGCUCUGGACUGCUGUGGACUGGUUCCCUAGGAGAAGGGCUGCAGGCUUUGAGUGGCUACACAGGCUUCUCCCAGCCUGAAGCUACCCAAGUGGACUGUACCCCCUACACACACUAACCCCCUACAAGGCCAGUACUCGAGUGAGGAGUGGCGGCCGCCUGCCUGUCUUUCCCUUGGCCCCGCCCAUUUGAAUGUAAAGGUUGGGGUGAAGAUGUGCCUCAGCCUCUGGUGUGGCACUUGAAGUGCCACAGCUGAGCCCAUCCGGGCUGUGCGGUUAUCAUCUGGUAAGAUGGUGAUCUCAUUGCCAAGUUCCUCCCACCUCCCGCCCACUGGGGAAGGAGCUCAGGGUCAGUGAGGUGGUAUAGUUUUUUGCUUUAAGUGGCGGACCAGACCUGGCCGCCAGGUCUCAGCACAAGACGGCUUCCUUUGCACAGAAAGCUCCGAGCUUUGUUCAGACUACAUGAAUGUAUUGGGAGGGAUUGGGAUGGGGCACAGGCCUUCCCCCGGGGGAUGUGUGCUGGGGAGAAUCAGCAGGUGCAGAGUGUGGUUUUAUUUUUGUACUGAUGGGUAAGAGACUGUAUAGCAUCUAUUUAUUUAGAUGAUUUGUCUGGUAGAUGAGGCAAAAAUUAUUAAAAGUACAUUAAAACGAUUUAAGAGUU